AUGAUCGACGGGGUUAAUGUGCAGCAUGAUUCUGAGUCGGGGUAUGAUGAGAAGAAGGUGGAGGAUGAUGCGUUCCCACGCUAUGUCGAUGCUUUUGGUGAUGAGUCGAAUGCUGAGGUCAAGUAUAAGACUAUGGAGUGGUGGCAAACUGGAAUGUUCAUGAUCGCCGAGUCUGUCUCCCUGGGUGUCCUCUCACUGCCCGCGACCCUUGCCCAACUCGGUCUCGCCCCCGCGCUUGUCCUGAUUAUCGGCCUGGGUCUCCUCGCAACAUACACCGGAUACGUAAUUGGACAAUUCCACCAACGCUACCCUCACAUUCAGAACCUCGCCGACGCAGGCGAAGUGCUCAUGGGCGCAGUGGGACGCGAACUCUUCGGAAUCGGCCAGCUGCUCUUCUCCAUCUUCAUCAUGGGCAGCCACAUCCUCACGUUCAGCGUGAUGAUGAACACCAUCACCGACCACGGCACCUGCACCAUGGUCUUCACGACCGUCGGAUUCCUGAUCUGCAUGGUCUGCUCACUGCCGCGCACCAUGAAGAAUAUGACCUACAUCUCAUGUCUGUCCUUCGUCAGUAUCCUAACCGCCGUGCUCAUCACCAUGAUCGGCGUCGGUGUCCAAGACCACGGAUACACCACUCUCCAGGCUACCGUCGACACAAACCUCUACAAGGCUUUCACGGCCGUGACCAACAUCGUCUUCGCGUACUGUGCCCACGUCGCCUUCUUUGGCCUCCUCGCUGAGAUGCGUGACCCUCGUGAUUUCCCUAAGGCCCUGUACAUGCUGCAGACUUUCGAGAUCAUCUUCUACACCGUUGCGGCUGUGGUCAUCUACUACUACGCCGGACAAGAUGUUACAUCCCCAGCCCUAGGCUCCGCCGGCCCUGUCCUCAAGAAAGUCGCGUAUGGAAUUGCUAUCCCCACCAUUGUGGGCGCCGGUGUCGUCAACGGCCACAUCGGUCUAAAAUACAUCUAUGUGCGUCUCUUCCGCGGAACAGACCGUAUGCACCGUCGCGACCUCACCUCCAUCGGAACCUGGGUCGCCAUCGGCGUGAGCUGCUGGGUCAUCGCCUGGAUCAUUGCCGAUGCCAUUCCGGUCUUCAGCGAUCUUCUCAGUCUGAUCAGCUCUCUGUUCGCGAGUUGGUUCAGCUACGGUCUUGCUGGCGUUUACUGGCUGCACAUUAACCAGGGCAAGUGGUUCUCGUCUCCCAGAAAGAUCGCUCUCACCAUCCUCAAUGUCAUUAUCGUGCUUAUCGGUGCUUGCAUGUGUGGUCUUGGUCUCUACGUCUCUGGUAAGGCGAUCCACGACGAUGCUUCCAGCAACAGCUUCUCUUGUGCUAGCAAUACCGUUGUAUAA